AUGUCAAAAAGAAACUUAUUUGAAACGAUAGAAGAUAAAGAAAUAAUUAUUGAACGAUCGAUAAAUCAUAUUUGGAAAGCGACCAAGAGAAAGAUCUUAUCAAUUGCUUUUGAUAAUUUAAAACGACAGGCGACUACCACUUUAAAUAAUUAUGAUAUCGCUACCACGAAUCUUGACGCACCGCCUAUUUUUAUCAGAGAUGCUUCGGAGGAAGAAAGUGCUCAAGAAGAAACCAAGAAACUAAUUAAGCCAUUAAAUGGGAUACAGAUUUCUGAACUUGGUACUGCAGAAAUAACUAUCUCGCCACACGCUAGAGAAAAAACUCCAGAACCUAUUUCACAAUCCAUACUGCCGACUCAAAUUUUAGAACCUGAUGGUUUGCCCACACUGCCAACUCAUGCACUGACAUUAGAAUCUGAUUCCCAAGAAACAACACCUAAACCACCUAGAACAUUGAGAAAAAGAAAGGCUAAGAUGCAGAUUGAAAAAAAAACAUUUUCAAAAUAUAGUGUUCCGCCCACCCCUACCCCAACGCGAAAGAGGAAAGCUACGAUACAUAUUGAAAAGGAAACUUCUUCAGAAUCUAGUGCACUGCCCACACCUACCCCAACACAAACUAGUACUAAAUCAGUAGGAAAAAGAAAAGUCAACACGGAAAGCAUGUCAUCGGAAGUAACGAAAAGGAAAAGUUUUUCUCUCCCCCUAGAUAUUAAUUAUAUUACUCAACCACCCUCUCAAAAUUGGAACGACGUUCGACUUUGGAUGGAAGAGGAUAUAAAGAAGUUGCAAAACAUAUUACUAAUGUACAAAAUGAAGAAUUUGAAGAGUGUCCUGGACUUAAAAGUAGAAUUCGUAAUAUAUUCCGAAGGCUAUGUUCAAUAUAUUAUUGCUUGGGUCGAAAAAAAUAAAACAAGAGGCCAUAAAAUAUCCACUAUUUUUACCCAACCUGAAUUCAUUGAAGAGAGGAAAAAAACUCCUAACCCUGUUGCCACACCUAUGAGCCGAGCUUUUGGAAGAGGAGAACGGGUCAGCUCCCGAGCCUAUGAGAUCUUGAUGCGAGAAUUACCUGAAGAGAGGGCAACAUCACUUUCCGACGAAAUAAUUGGUGCACGACGUGCACAUAAAUUAAUUCUUACUGUCGGAUGGAGAUGCCUAACAAAUUUUCCUGACAUUACCCCUUCUUUUCUUCGAAAUAUUACCAAUGAACAGAUGGAAAACCUACAUAUUCAGAUCUCUGAGUUAAAGAACGAACAGUUUACAGAGGGCUAUAACUCCACUGAAAUACAUAAAGCACCUAUCGAUCCAAAUAUUAAUCGAGCACUAACUGGUUUUGACUAUCGAAGGUACCUGUGCGGCCUCAGAGAACAAAAAUCUUCCUCGAAAAAAUGA